UCUUUUCCUCCCUCCCGGCGCCGCUCUUCGGGCUCAGGAGCCACGCGGCCGGGGCUGUGGAGUGCUUUCCCGAGCCGCCCCAGCCAGGCUGCCCUCAGACCAUCUCCCCGCCCCGUGGAAGUGCAGCGUGCCAGGGCGGCGGCUUGAGGAUAGCGCCGUGUGACUUCCCUGCUUCCUCUGGGCGGGAGGGGAGGCACCUCGCUGUGAGCGAGAGAGUCUGAGCAGGCCGCAGUGGAAUGCUCGGAGUUGGCUGGGCUGCCGUGCCCAGGCUAUGGUUGGCUGAUUGGCCUGAAGCAGCGGCCUGGUACUUUCCUAUACAGGAAUCCCCAGCUGCCAAAUACCUCGGGCGGUGUCCUCUGGGCCAAGAAGCUUCCCCUUCUGCUGAUCCUCAGAGCCACACUCCCUGAGCCAUCUGCACUGCAGGGCCUUGCUGAGCUCCUUCCCAGCCCCCUGCCCCUUCACGGGGUCACUGGGGAAAGACCAUGGCUGACACUGGGGAGGGGAAGAAGGAGGAAGCUGAUUAUAAAAGGCUGCACAGCUUUCCGCUGAUUAGGCACACAGACAUGCCGGAGGAGAUGCGCGUAGAGGCCAUGGAGCUGUGUGUCACAGCAUGUGAGAAAUAUGCCACAAACAAUGAGAGUGCUGCCAAGAUGAUCAAAGAGAUGAUGGACAAGAAAUUUGGGUCCUCCUGGCACGUGGUGAUUGGGGAAGGGUUUGGCUUUGAGAUCACUCACGAGGUGAAGAAUCUGCUGUACAUGUUCUUUGGUGGCAGCCUGGCUGUGUGUGUCUGGAAGUGCUCCUGACAUCUGGCUGGGUCCCAGACUCGCAGCAUACAGGAGAUUUCUUCCUUCACAGAUUUUGUACAAUGUGGAGGUGGGGCUUUAUUUUUAAUAGUUAAAACAUCGAGAUUUCUUUCCAUACUGACAUAACAGUUCCAUGGGAUGCAUAUAUUUGGGGGGUGUGUGUGUAUAACUUGCUAAGCCUGUCCUCGCUCAUGGAAUUUCUGAUCUGUCUGUGGCUCUUUCUUUCUUGUUUGAGCUUAAAGAAGAAAGAGGUGUUUAAAUAGGUAAUCUCAUGACACACCAUGCAGCACCACUAUGAGGGGGAAGAGGAGGAGAAAAGGUGCUAUCUAGUCCUAAGUUUUCUCCUCCCACUUGUUCUACAUUGUGUCCUCUCUUCUCUGCCUCCCUGGCUAUGUGUGGUAUGGUUCUGACCAGUGCCUCUUUCCUCCCUAUUAACAGCACCACCUUCUUGUCUUCUAAAUGACCAUGCAGAGCUGGCUGUGUCAAGGGUGUCCCUUUGGGUUGUCCGUGGAGGUGUUAGCUGUGGGGGAUUAGGCUUGUUUUACCCUUUUCUGCUUGAUUUGGGAGGACAGCUGAGCUGCCUGGACGUAGGAGGCUGCUAUGCAAGCUACCCCCUCCUCUCUCACCCACUGCAUGCUGAGAUGGCAUUGAAACACAGGCGGCUGUCGAUGCCUGGGGAGUGGGUGAGAACUCUUCGUACAGCUUGAAUGCCUCCCUGUCAGUUCCUGGGGGUGUUGCAAGUGCUGUGUACUUUCAGCAUCUUGUUUGGAGGCUGGUAGGGGAAGGAGGUGCCAUGUGAGAUAUCACUUGGUCAUCAGAAACCUAACGUCCUUUUGGACUUGCUUUUUUAGCCUGUUUCUUCUUUUAAAGCUGUCAGUGUUGGAGGAUGGAGUGAACGUAAUUGUAUGUUACGUAUAUGGCUUAUUUAUAUAAAUCUGGGGAACUGUGUUUUUUACAAUAAAAAAAAGUAGUAAAUUGUC